AUGACGAGUGUCGGGAAUUCCAAUAUUUUCAUAAAAACACAAUGGAAACGUCGCGAUCUAUUCGGGUUUAUACGGUCUACAAUGCGCGUAGCGGCGAUGCAUCCAUGGAGUUUAGACAAUAGUAGUAGUUAUCCCAACUAUCUGAUAAAAAUCGUUGAUUUGAUUUAUGAGAUCUUUAACUACUUUGUGUGUGUGCAUUUGGUGGCAUUAUAUAUCUGUACGAUCUACAUUUAUUAUGACCAAGGGGAUCUGGAAUUUCUGGUUAACUGUCUCAUUCAAACGAUCAUCUAUAUAUGGUCUAUCACAAUGAAAUUGUACUUUCGACGCUUCAGACCAAAGCUCUUAAAUGAGAUAAUAAGAUCUAUCAAUGAAAAACAUCAGACACGCUCGGCACCUGGAUUUACCUAUGUGAACAUUUUGGGUGCCUUGCGUCACUCCAAUCUGUGGAUCAAGACAUAUGUUUAUUGCUGCUUUGUGGGCACCAUAUUCUGGCUUGUGCUGCCCAUAGUUUAUAGAGAUCGAAGUCUGCCGUUAGCCUGUUGGUAUCCAUUUGAUUAUACCCAACCAAUUGUCUACGAGUUCAUAUUCUUUCUCCAGGCCAUGGGACAGAUCCAAGUGGCUGCCUCAUUUUCCUCUUCUAGCGGCUUUCACAUGGUGUUGGGUAUACUUAUAUGUGGCCAAUAUGAUGUCUUAUUUUGUAGCUUGAAAAAUGUGCUGGCCACUAGUUAUUUGAAAAUGGGUGCAAAUAUGAAAGAGUUGAGCAAACUGAGGGAAGCUCAAUCCGUGGCGGACACUGAAGUGAAUCAAUUUAGUUACUCCCAAGAAUACUGCACUCCGCUGGAAAAACUCAUAUAUUCUCAAGAGCCUAGUCACAUUAGGCACUUUUCCGACGCCUUUAAGCAUUCAUUUAGACGCUGCUUGGAACAACAUCAUUAUAUUAUAGAAACUCUAAAUAAAAUAGAAGACUUCUAUAAUCCUAUUUGGAUAUUCAAGAUUGGCGAGGUGACUUUUCUCAUGUGCCUUGUGGCCUUCGUUUCGACCAAGAGCACUACGGCCAAUUCAUUUAUGCGCAUGGUUUCGUUAGGUCAGUAUCUACUGCUAGUGGCGUAUGAGCUCUUCAUAAUCUGUUUCUUUGCCGAGAUGAUUUAUCAGAACAGUCAGCGUUGUGGGGAAGCACUCUGGCGAAGUCCUUGGCACCUUCACAUGCGACAAGUGCGAAGCGAAUAUCUGUUUUUCCUGAUGAAUUCCCGACGACAAUUUCAACUGACUGCUGGUAAAAUAUACAAUCUGAACGUUGAUCGCUUUAGGAGAACUAUUACAACGGCCUUUUCUUUCCUGACGCUUUUGCAGAAAAUGGAUGCAAUUGGCUAG